AUGGCUCCGAUCAAAAUAAAACACGUCGUGUCAUUUACAUCACAGGACCCCAAGAGCUGUGUUGAAAACCUGUGUGACGUUAGCGGCGACAGUAAACCAUGGUUAUGCAGUCCGCAGGACCACAGUGGGGUUCUUAGGGUGGAGCUACAGAUGGAACUUGCCGCACAGAUUGGGUUCAUUGAUGUCGGAAACUGCGGCUCCGCGUUUAUUCAGGUCGAUGCUGGGCGCUCUUCAUGGCCAGUGCACCAUCCUUACGUCACGCUGCUCCCAGCAACCACGCUCAUGGGCCCGGCGGACUCGCGACAGGGCACGGGGCGUAAAGGGGUGCGCAUGUUCAAAAAGGCUGAUUUUCUCCCAGAGGGAAGAGAGGAAAACUGGGACAGACUGAGAGUCACCUGCACUCAGCCGUUCAACCGUCGCGUGCAGUUCGGGCUGUCCUUCCUCCGCGUGCGUAGCACAUCAGAGGACACUGAGCGUGCUCCAGGCAUUCGGGAGGAGACAGCGGAACCCAGCCCGAAAACCCCAGAGAAAUCAGUGUCUGUGAGAGAAUGGCUCUCUAGUCCAGCGGUUCAACGCACGUUCUUCGGACGCAACACAGGAGAGGGUUCUCCAGAAGAGGCCCUGAGGAAUGCUGGGAGUUUGAAUCGUGCAGGACGAAUGGUCCUGUCAAUCACUCAGUCUGCCACACACUCCGUACCCACAACUCCCAGUGGUGCCACGGGUGGUUCCCCCACACAGAGAGGCCGCGGAGAGAGAACCUGCUCCUCACUCUCUGAGUCGGAACCUAGUGAGUCCUCCUCUCCAAGUUCCAAAGCACAGACUCCUCAGCGCAGGAGGAGGACAUUACACACAAACGUCAGGCGGGAUCAGGUGAAUAGUGGCUCAUCCAAUAAAAGGAGGUGCAGACAGGAGAGCCCAACAGCCAAUCAGAAGCUAUCUAAAGUGCUGAAAGGAAGCGGAGAGCCAGAGAUCAAUGCUGACCUGCGGGAGACCACUUGUCCUCUAUGUGGAGAUUACCUCCCCCUGCACGCCUCCCUCUGCGAGGGUGAGGAGUCGGCAGAGUCGCUGGGUGUCAUAGAAACGGCCGUAGAGGUCCCUCCGACCUCCCCUCCCGCCCCGGACGCGGACAGAGACGACCCGAGGAUCCCCUGUCCGCUCUGCUCCUUCCGAUUCCCAGCAGCAGACAUCCAACUGCACGCGAGUGCCUGCGGAGACCCCACGCAGCCUCAGAUGGAGAUGGAAAAUCUUACGCCAGAGCAAUGGCGGGAGAUAGUGAACAAAAAGAUGCGUUUCCCUCUGGAGCUGCUGGGCGCCAUAGAGGAGGGGAACCUGCCGCUGGUGUGCAGCCUGCUGCAGAUCGGCGACGGAAUUAUCCGGCAACUCGACGACUCCGAGGACCGGCAGUGGAGGGAGGCGCUGAACCUCUCCAUCCGUCUGGGGAGCGAAGACACGAUGGACGCCCUCCUCCGCGGCGUCAAGUUCGACUUCCGGCAGAUCCACGAGGCCCUGCUGGUCGCCGUGGAUACCAACCAGCCUCGCGUGGUGCGGAGACUCCUGGACCGCCUGGACCAGGAGAAAGGCAACAAGAUGGACGUGCGCUCCUUCUCGCAGGCCAUUUUCGAUCACUCCAUCGACGACUCCCAGUUUGCCCCGGGGGUCACCCCGCUGACCUUGGCUUGUCAGAAGGACCUGUACGAAAUCGUGACCAUGUUGACCCAGAAAGGUCACGUGAUCCCUUGGCCCCACAAGAUCUCCUGUGCGUGCCUGGAGUGUCGUAACGGGAGACAGUACGACCUUCUGAAGUUCUCGCUGUCGCGGAUCAACACGUACCGCGGGAUCGCCAGCCGCGCCUACCUGUCCAUCACCGCAGACGACCCCAUGCUCAGCGCCUUCCGGCUCAGCAGAGACCUCCGCAAGCUCUCUAAGAAGGAGCCAGAGUUCAAGCCCCAGUACCUGGCUCUGGAGGAGCUGUGUCAGGAGUUUGCCGUGGAGCUUCUGGGAAUGUGCCGGAACCAGAGCGAGGUCACCACCAUUUUAAACAGCUGCGGGCUGGACGAGAAGGACAGUGAGGAUGAGUUGGACAAACAGGCGUUUGAAGAGGGCAUUCCAAACCUGGCCCGUCUACGACUCGCUGUAAACUACAAUCAAAAACAGUUUGUCGCCCACCCCAUCUGCCAGCAGGUCCUCUCCUCCAUCUGGUGUAAGAACCUGCCAGGGUGGAGGGGAAGCCGCACCACCUGGAAGCUGCUGGUGUCGGUUGGCAUCUUCUUCACCAUGCCCAUCCUCUGCCUCAUUUACUGGAUCGCUCCAAAGUCAAAGCUGGGGAAGACUCUCAAGAUUCCGGUGAUAAAGUUCCUUCUUCACUCCGCCUCUUACAUGUGGUUCCUCAUCACGCUCCUGGGAGAGUCCAUCACCAUGGAGAUCUAUCGGGACGAGUUUGCGUCACGGCAACAGAACAUCUUACACACGUCCUUCCACAUGGUCUGGGUGGUCGGGUUCUUCUGGUUUGAGUGUAAAGAGGUCUGGAUCGAGGGCCUGCGGAGCUACUUCCUGGACUGGUGGAACUGUCUGGACAUGAUGGUUCUCAGCAUGUACCUGGCCUCUUUCAUCCUGAGAAUUCUCAUCAUGCUGAAGGGGUACUUCCUCUGUCAGUCCCCGGACAGCACGGACGAGUGUGUCUACUUCACCCAAACCACGCGCGAGCAGUGGCGGCAGGAGGACCCGCAGCUGAUCGCGGAGGUGCUGUUCGCUGUGACCAGCAUGCUCAGCUUCACUCGCCUGGCCUACAUCCUCCCUGCCCAGGAGUCCCUGGGAACGCUGCAGAUCUCCAUCGGGAAGAUGAUCGACGACAUGAUGAGGUUUAUGUUCAUACUGAUGAUCAUUGGAACGGCUUUCCUCUGCGGGAUCAAUAACAUCUAUGUUCCUUACAUCAUCUCCCCUCACCUGGGACGGUUCAAUGAGACCUUCAGAUUCCUGUUCUGGACCAUGUUCGGAGUGGCCAACGAAGACUACGUGGACAUGCCUGACUUCGUGGUGGCGGAGUUAGUCGGCAGGAUCCUGUACGGAAUCUUCACCCUCGUUAUCGUCAUCGUCUUACUCAACAUGCUCAUCGCCAUGAUCACCAACUCCUUCCAAAAGAUUGAGGACGAUGCCGACGUCGAGUGGAAAUUCGCCCGUUCUAAGCUCUAUCUGAGUUACUUCAGAGAAGGGUUAACUAUGCCCGUGCCUUUCAACAUCAUCCCCUCCCCCAAAGCCGCCUUCUACCUCAUACGGGGAAUCUUCCGGAGGAUCUGCUGCUGCUGCUGCAACUGUAACUCCACCCCAGAAUACCCACCUAUUACCUCCACGUCCAAUGGGACGCUAAAAGGCGGCGGAGAGGAGCGCGUUCCCUAUAAACAGCAGGUCAUACGGGCGCUAGUACAGCGGUACAUUGAAUCCGCGCGGAGGGAGUUUGAAGAGGCCAAACGCAAAGACGUUGGGAACCGCAUCACGGAGCUGAGUAAGGUGAUGGGACGUCUCCACGGCGAGAUGAAGCAGAUUCACGGCACCCUGCUGGACAUGGGCCGGGGCUCCGCGGAUCCCGCCGACCGGGAGAGCUCCAUCCUGGGGAAGUACAUUCUGGGAGCCAAAAACAAUUUUCGGGGAUUCAACAGCGGCGCGGGGGUGGAGAGACGCACCUCCCCUCUUCCCGUGACUGUGCACCAUGGAGACGCAGAGACCAACGAAGACGUGAAAGAUAACAAACAGGAGAUAGAGGGAUUAGGGAACACAGAGGAGAAGCCGGCUACUGGCACAGAGGUAGAGAGGGGAGACGAGGGGGAGACUGACGAAGUUGUGGAGGAUGAGAAACAGAGUGUGAACGAGGGAGAAAAGGCGGGAGAAGCAGGAACGGAUCAGAACGCCGCAGUAGCUCAGGCAGAGGAGAAAACAAGUGAGGAGAAAACGGGCGUGAAGGGUGAGACAGAGAGGCAGACAACGAUAAACAUGACGGAGGGUGAGACAGAGAGGCAGACAAUGAUAAACAUGACGGAGGGUGAGACAGAGAGGCAGACAACGAUAAACAUGACGGAGGAGAGGAAGACAACGAUAAACAUGAUGGAGGGUGAGACAGAGACCGAGAUCAAAGCGGAAAGGAGGAAAGUCAACGAGGAUGAGACGAAGAAAAUGGAAGAAGGGAGAGCCAACGAGGGAAAGACAAAUGAGCUGAUAGCCAAUGAGAUGAAGGCGACCAUGAGCAUACAGACCAAACAAGCCAAUGGGGGAACGACAUCAGACAGUUCUGAGGCGGAGACAACCAAUGGGAGAGCCGGGGAGAAGAACAGGAAGUCACUGGAGUUUGGGGGGAAAAGGGUGACCUUCAUGGCGGGGACGGAGGAUAAAACCACCGAGAGGAAGACGUCAAAAUUCUUCGGUAACGCCCCCAAGGCCGAGGUCGAAAAAUCGGAGAGAAAGAAGUGCGGGGUGAGCUUUUUAGCCAGGCAAAUAGAGCAGCGGGUGGAGAAAACGGAGGCUCCGAAAAAGAGCACCAUUUACAAAGGGAAGGAGGCGUCCUCUCCAACCAACAGCAGUGACUCCCACGACACUGGCUUUGGCUCACAGGAACUAGACCCUUCUAUCAGCACCCCUUGA